CACAUAACCAUCUCAAACAUCGGCGAAAUGAAUCACCCAUCCCUCCUUGCGGAGAAUCCAACUAUUUCCGUCAAAGACCUUCCACCGAAUGAUUCCGCAGCUUUCAAGUACUCUUCAUUUUUUUCUCGAAACAGGCCUCACAGCAAAUUACCGGCCCCGGCGCAAAUCCGCGAACGUGCUUUGGAGCUUGAUGCGGCGGCUGACUGCUCGCCCCGUCCAGCCCCAGUUCGCUACGAGGACAUUCGGCUCUUGGUCAAGUUUGGACGAGAACCUGAUGUGACUGAAGGCGAAGCACAAUGCUUCUGGGCACUGCGCCGCGUUCUACCUCAGGUCCCUGUGCCAGAAGUCUAUGGUUGGACUCACGAUAAAGACCAGGUCUUCAUCUAUAUGGAGUUGGUGCGUGGGUUCACUCUCGAAGAAGCCUGGAACUCGAUGAGCAGCGAAGAGAAAGUCGAUAUAUGCCAGCAGCUUAAGCUCUACAUAUCAGAGCUACGAACACUUCGGCAUGCUCCUGGCGAAUUCUUCCUCGGCCAUAUUAACUACGAACCUCUAGGUUGCAUAAGCUUUAUGAAUGGGACAAGACCUCCGGCGGGUCCGUUCAACUCUGUUGCCGAGUUUCAUGACUGGAUGUCUUUGAUGACCAAGGCCGGAAUGGAACACAACUGGCCUGGCUAUACGACAGAAGAAAUCCCUGAUCCUCUCCGGAAAGAAUUGCCAGAUGAUUCCCCCGUCGUGUUUACACACGACGACCUCCAUCCCAGCAACAUCAUUCUCUCAAUCACCCAGCCGCGGCGGAUAAUCGCCCUUAUCGACUGGAGGCAAUCGGGUUGGUAUCCUGAUUAUUGGGAGUUCUGCAAAGCAGUCUUUACCGUUCCUGGUGAUGGAGAAUGGGCAACAGAGUACAUACCACGAUUUCUGGAAGAGCCUAACUGUCUGGACACGUGGGAGUGGUAUUCGAGGACUUUCGGGUAUUGACAACAUAGAGAUAUAGAGCAAAGCAGUGGUUGAC